UCGGUAGUUAGUUUAUACUAGCUAGCUACACCAAGAAGCGUUCAAACUUCCGGCAGGUUGGCUACAGCAUCCUUACUUUAGGGGGUCUUUUGGGGCGCCAUUGAAAAGUUUGGAUAUUUCUUGCUUGCAAAGAAGAGGAACUGUGGAAGCGAUGGCAGAUUGGAAGUCCCCAGUGAGCUACAAUCCAUCCUACCAUGCUUUUUCCUAUGGUCUCAUGUACCAAACAGGGCCUGAGCAAAAUCAUCCCAACAUCUCAGGCUGGGCAGAGGCCGUUCCCAACUCUGGGGUCAGCGGCGGCUACCACCAGCAAACGCCGCAUCAAUCCCCACACAGGAAUCCCGAACACAACAUUGGUAAUGGCAAUUCCCACCACCCGGGUCCUGUUAUGUAUCUCGGCGACCCUCCGAGCCAUACUCCGAGUGGAGGCCUUUUCAUUCCCCACAACCGGACUCCGUUUGAUCAACCGCCGAAGGAGAUCGAGCAGCCAGAUUCUUGGACUUCGGAGAAAAUCUAUCCUCAAACCAACCCUGCCACCUGGGUGAAAAGGGAGAUGGAAGAGGAGAUGGAGAGUGGAAGGCCAAAUGGUAGUGAGUUUGUCUCCAGCUCCUAUCCGGAGAACACAAGCGUACAAAUUCUGGGAAGUGAGGACAACGCCCCACCGUCUUUGCCCUUGCCUCUCCCGGAGAAAGCGGACAAGGACACCCCCAAACAAAAAGCUCGGACUGCUUUUUCAACAGGCCAGAUGGAUGCCCUGACCCAUCGGUUUAACAUGCAGAGGUACCUAUCCCCUGCUGAGAUGAAGGCCCUGGCUGGACUGACGGGGCUAACUUACAAACAGGUAAAAACUUGGUUACAGAAUCGCAGGAUGAAACUGAAAAGGCACCAGAAAGACAAUGGGGGGUAUCCAAACCCUAGCUACCCUAACAUGCCACCACGCCCUCAGUUUCAGGGAGAAGCCCAAACACAGAUUCUGGAUCAUCACUCCAACACUCAACAGUUCCAAGAGGCCAUGUUCAUGAAGAGCCCCCAGCAGAACCUGCCUUACUACACCGGUGGAUACCCUCAGCCAUCCCCUGCGAGGCCCCUGGGCAACUGGCCCCUGCCACCAGCCAUGCCCCACUAAUGGCUUCUACAGCACAGCAAGGGGCUACAACAUGGACAGUGUAAAACACGACUCCAGCAUCAGGUGACGACAGGAGCCCUACUCAUACCAACAGCUCCAUACAACCCUGUUUCACAAUGCUAGCCAAUAAUACACAGGGGAAUGUCUCAGUGGUAAAUCGACUGUUAUUUUUUCUAAAUGUGUGGUUGUUUGGAAGGAUUCUUACAAUUAAGGUUGAGAUUCAGACGCAGGUUAUUCUCAAAUAAUGUGUUGGCUAAUUAUAUCAAUCCAUCUUAGUCAUUUGCAGGUCUGUUUGGACUUUUAGCCCUUAUUCAUAUGUUUUAUCUCAAUGUUGCCUUAUUUUUUAUUUUUUUAAAUACCCUUCCAGAUUAUUUAAUAUCGUUGAAGAGUUCAUUGCUCCUUGUGCUUUUUUACACCCAACUCUGAUAAAGUUUUUCACUGUCUAUGUUGGAAGUGGCAGGCUUUGUAUUUUUUAAGCCAUCACUUAACUACAGAUGCUACACAUCUGAACGUGGGACCUUUCUCUUUUUAACUUUUUUGAAUUUUUACCUCUUUUUCUCCCCAACCUUUUCCCCAUACUUUUAGUUAUGCCUUAUGCUUUUUUUUCUUCUUCUAUUUGGAUCAUAAACCCUUUUGGUUUACCGUCCACCUGUAAUGAAAUGAUGUGGCCAUGUUGGUGGGAUUUACUUUUCUUUGUCUUUACACGGGGCAGUUUUUGGAGAACCCGCCAACUGUUAAAAGCUCUACACGGAACGCUUCGACCAGGAUUGUUGGUAAUGUCAUCUUGUUGCCUGAUCUGUCACUCUUGCAGAGGGGAGACAAUGACUGGUUGUACAAAU